UCGCUGGCGAUGGCGAUGGCGGGCGGCAUGGGGCAGCAGGAGACGCAUCGGCCCGGUUCCCUCAAUCGGCCCAAGAAGGCGCACAAGGCGGGGCGGCACCGUACCAAGGGCGCGGUGGAGCGGGCGAACAGAGGCAGAGUUGAUGUGAAGGUCGUUAGUAAGAAAGCGAAUAAGGACCAGCGGAAACACGACAGGAGGCAUCAUGCCAGCCAGCGGCGGCAGCAGUGUAGAGAGGCGGUGCUGACGGAGAAGCGGGGUCUGGGCAGUCGAGACGGCCCCCCACACCUGGUGGCUGUGAUCCCCCUGCAUGGUGGCAUCGGUGUCCAGGAUGCCUUGAGGCUGAUUUGCAGUGACGAGAAGGCGACUGUGUUUGACGGUGAUGGAAGUGGCCAGUGUUUUGGGUUGGUGUCUGCCAGGUUCAAGCGGAGGUUUUACUUUGUACGAGCAAACGCAGGUGACAUUCAUGCGGUUCUUGACCUGGCCAAGGUAGCUGACACGCUGAUGUUUGUACUGGAUCCGUAUGAGGGAUGGGACAGUUACGGGGACUUCUGUCUCUCCUGUCUGCUUGCCCAGGGCUUCCCCAGCCAUGUGUUUGUGGUUCAGGGAGUUAAUGACCUUCCCACCAAGAAGAGGGCUGAUGCCAAGAGGAAUCUGAGCAGGAUUUUGGAGCGACGGUUUCUCGACGCCAAGCCCUUUCACCUGGACACUGAGCAGGAAGCCGUUCAGCUCAUCAGACACAUGGGCGACCAGAAGCAGAGGCAGCUGUCCUAUCGACACCACCGUUCCUAUUUACUGGCUCAGCACGUGGCAUUUGAAGCCAGUGAGGAGAGUGGCCUCGUGGGAACGCUGAAGGUGACAGGCUACGUCCGAGGGAAACCUCUCGAUGUCAAUAAGCUGGUGUACAUUGUUGGACACGGUGACUUUCAGAUGAGCCAGGUUGAUGGGCCACCUGAUCCCAUGCCCCUGAACCCCAGAGUCACAAAGAAAACAGCAGGUGCUGAGGAUGCUUCCUGCGAGAUGGAAGAAGAUGUGAAAGUUCUGAUGAAAGCAGACUGCAGCAAGCAAGAAUCAUUGGAGUUGGAGGUGGUCCCUGACCCAAUGGAAGGGGAGCAGACCUGGCCGACGGAUGAGGAGCUGAGGGAGGCCGACGAUGCACUGAGGGAAAGCAGGAAGAUCGUUCGAAGGGUCCCAAAAGGCACAUCAGACUACCAGGCUGCCUGGAUUCUGGAUGAUGAGGAAGAUGUGGACAAGGAGGAAGAAAGUGGUGACGAGAUGGAAGAGGAAGAGCUGAUGGGAGACGCUGUGUCACAGGCCAGCGAUGAGAGUGACGAUGAAGGGGAAGCUGUGGAUGAAUGUGAAACCAUGACUUUGCCUGAGAGUGUCCGUGAUGACAAUUACGAUGAGAAGAUUGACGAAGCUGAGGAGGAGGAGAUGCUAGAAAAGUACAAACAGGAACGGAUGGAUGAAAUGUUCCCUGAUGAAGUGGACACUCCAAAGGAUGUAGCUGCAAGAGUCAGGUUUCAGAAAUACAGAGGCCUGAAGAGCUUCCGGGCAUCACCGUGGGAUCCCAAGGAGAACUUACCCCGGGAUUAUGCCAGGAUAUUCCAGUUCCAGAACUUUGCCCGAACGAGGAAGCGAAUCUUCAGUGAGCAGACGGAGGAGCAGGAAGGUGCAAUGGCUGGGUGGUACGUCACAGUCCACAUCUGCCACGUGCCGCUGACCGUGAUGGAGAGUUUCAAGCCUCAGGCACCUCUUGUCCUAUUCACCCUGCUGCCCCAUGAGCAGAAGAUGUCCGUUGUCCAUUUUUUGCUGAGGAGACAUGCGAGCAACAGCGAGCCUGUUAAGUCGAAGGAGAUGAUGGUUUUCCACUGUGGCUGCAGGCGAUUCCGGGCUCCUCCACUCUUCUCCCAGCACACAGCAGCCAACAAGUUCAAGUGUGAGAGAUUUCUGCGUCCUAAUACCACAGUGGUGGGCACGGUGUACUGCCCAAUAACGUUUCCUCCAGCAACGGUCUUGAUGUUCCGGCAAAGAGCCAACGGUAUGCAGGACCUGAUAGCCACGGGCUCUGUGCUAAAAGUUGACCCUGACCGAGUGAUCGUGAAGCGAAUCACCCUGAGUGGACACCCUUUCAAGAUCAUGAGCAAAACCUCGGUGGUUCGAUACAUGUUCUUCAACCGUGAUGAUGUUCUGUGGUUCAAACCAGUGGAGCUCCGUACCAAGUGGGGUCGCAGAGGCCACAUCAAGGAGCCUUUAGGGACUCAUGGACACAUGAAAUGCUUGUUUGAUGGCCAGCUCAAAUCCCAGGACACUGUGCUGAUGAACUUGUACAAGAGGGUUUUCCCACGUUGGGCAUAUGACCCCCACGUUCCCAAUCCCGUGCCGUGGGAAAAGUCUGAGGAUGGCGUCAGUGUGCAGGAGGUGCCAAUGGACUAGAGUAAACAGCAGGAGUUUGGAGUUGCUGCCUUCUUAUUAAAAUGUUUCCGUUCAACAUCCUUUGAAUUGUGAAGU